CUUUCCCCGGAGCCUUAGGAGGGAGAGAGAUCCUCCUCUCUCUUCAGGCGUGUUAAGACAGCGGGGUUGGCCUGUACUUCCUCUGGCCCUGGCUGAAGAGGGCUAGUGAAACCGUUAAACCCCUAGGCGAUCAUGGCCUUGAGACCUGAGGACCCCAGUAGUGGGUUCCGGCACAGCAACGUGGUGGCCUUCAUCAACGAGAAAAUGGCCAGGCACACGAAAGGCCCCGAGUUCUAUCUUGAGAAUAUAUCCUUAUCCUGGGAGGAGGUGGAAGACAAGUUGAGGGCCAUCCUGGAGGACAGCGAGGUGCCCAGUGAGGUCAAAGAGGCCUGCACCUGGGGCAGCCUGGCCUUGGGCGUGCGCUUUGCCCGCAGGCAGGCACAGCUACAGAGGCACAGGGUGCAGUGGCUGCACGGCUUCGCCAGACUGCACAAAUCAGCUGCACAGGCCUUGGCGUCAGACCUGAAGGAGCUCAAGGCACAGCAGGAGACGGAACGCAAGGAGGCGGCCUCCCGGCUAAGAAUGUCCCAGACCAGCUUCGUGGAGGUGCAGAAAGAGCAAGACAAGGAGCUGGCGUCUCCCCAUGAGUGGGAGCAGGGGGCAGGGGGGCCAGGCCUGGCCACUGCCGGAGGGGUUUGCACAGGAGGAGCAGGUGAGGAGGAAGAAGAAGCGGCGGUGGCUGCUGCUGGUGCCGCUGGAGGAAAAGGAGCAGAAGAAGAGCAGAGGGAUGUGGAAGCUGUGGCUGCCCCUGUGGAGGCCAUGGCUCCCCCCGUGGAGGCUGGGGCUGCCCCCAUGGAGGCAGAGUCCCCCCACCUGGAGGCCAGGGCUACCUCCAUGGAGCCCACGGAGGAGCUGGAGAGAAUCCUCCUGCAGCUCCUCGGAGAUGCUGAUCAGGAAAAUUACACCUAUUGGGGGCAGAAGGAGGAAUAUCUCAGGUCGGUAGAAACAACCACGUCUUAUUUCUCUGGAACCAUGAACCCCUGGUCCAGAGCCUCACCAGAACCUCUUCCUGUCCAGCUCCCUGCCUCAUUCACAUACUCAUACUCAAGCCCUUUUCCCUCCUUCUCAGGCAUACCCACUAUAUCCCCUCCACAAGCAACAGUCACAGCACCAGUUCCGACUCAGCUGUCUUCCGACUGGGGGGCCUUUGAUACUAGCCUGUGGUCUGAUGGGGGACCCCAAAGAGUAGACCCUCAAGAGCACCCAAGAGACAGGAGAUACUCCGAACCUCAUCAGCAAAGAAGACCUCCAGUAUAUCGCAGGCCAGGGGACUGGGACUGCCCUUGGUGUAACGCUGUGAAUUUUUCACGGAGGGAUACUUGCUUCGACUGUGGAAGAGGAAUCUGGCUGCAAAAACCUCAUUGAGUGCAGAAAUGCAAAAUAGAACCGAAGCAUGCAUA